CAUGCAUGCUACGCUUAGGAUCAGCAGCCGUCUAGAGUUACAGCAGUGAGGCUUUGGUUUCAGAAGUCGAAAGCUAGCAAGGAAUGGCUGCCGAAUGAAAAAUCCAGCCAUACAGUUCCUCCCUGACUUGUCGCGAAGGCCUUGUAUCAUAUGGUGUCUCUCCUGCUUUUCAUCCAAGAAGCUUUGCAGCUUGCUAGAUUGGCUGCUAGUGCUCCAGUUACAUCAAUGGAUUCAGAGUCCAAAGACAAGGAUCCAGAAAGCCCCAGAUGUUACCAUCUGGAACUUUAUGACUCAACUGAAGAUUUAGAGAUGUUGUCAGAACCCUUUCGAAGGCGCGAUCUCGCUGUGCAGGAAGACAGGAAGACUCAGAGCACAGAGAAGCCAACAACCUCUAGUGCGGAUUCUCGGGAUCAAGACCCGGACAAUGAGUCAGCAAGCAAUAAAGAUGACUGUGAUGCUCUUCAAAAUAUUGCUGGUUCUGAUACAGAAAAGAAGCCACCCUUCAAAGACAUGGAUACAUACUGCAUUACUUGCUGCGUUCCCGUGAGAGCCCUUGACGAACAGUGCCGUGAACAUGAAGAGCAUGAAGUCAUUCCUCUUGACAGUGUGGUUCAAAUAGCAAAGGAUGAACUUCAGAAAAACAUAUGCAAACUGGAAAAUCAGAUUAUUCAUUUGGAAGGUUUUUCGAGCCAUUUGGAAGAAAUUUUCAUCACAGUAGAGGAGAAGUUUGCCAGAGAGGAGCAGAACUUUGAGAGACGCUACGAUGAAGUGAUGCAGACCCUCGAGCAAAGAUAUGAAGAAACGAUGCAGGCAUUAGGGGAAGAGAAGAAGGAGAAGCUGGAGGCAUUAUAUGAGCAGUUGGUUUGCUGCGGAGAAAACCUGGACACCUGCAAAGAGCUGAUGGAAACAAUCGAGGGCCUGGGCCAGGGUGCCAGUAAAGUGGAUACCAUGAAGACUGCUGUAACUACAAUAGACAGAUUGGAGAAAUUCUUGAAAAAAGACGUGGAUGUAGACCUCUCAACACCAAUAGAAUAUGAAGCCAGAGUCAUAGAGUUCUCCGAUGUUCAACAACUAAUGGAUUCUGUUGAUUCUCUCCCAGCCACUUUGCCUCCUUGUGCGCCAGUCAUGAACCCUCAGGAUCCCAACUCAGCCACAGGGACCUCUGUGCGAGUCUGCUGGAGUUUCUUUUCAGAAGAUCUGGUUGAAAGGUACCAACUGUUUUACAAGAGGAUAAACAAUGAUACGUCCAAAGAAGAGCAAGCUGAGUUUGUGCUAAAUGUGAAAGAGACAUACCGCACAGUUACCAACCUGACACCGAAUACACAGUAUGAAUUUUGGGUCAAAGCACUCAACAGAGCUGGGAUCAGUCCAGCGAGCGAAAGAGCUGUUUACAUGACAGCUCCUCUGCCACCUGUUAUCAACAGUAAAGCGAUUCAGAGCUGUGAACAUGCAGCACUUAUACGCUGGGAAUGUGGCAACACAAAUCCUGUGGACUCCUACACAAUUGAAUUGUCCAGGCUGACAGAUGGAGAGGAUGUGGACGUUAUUACAGAGUCUAUUGUUGGAAUUCCAAACUGUGAAACUUUGAUUCAGCUGGAGCCGCAGCAGCAUUACCUUGUCUCUGUGAAAGCCCUCAAUCCGGGUGGCUCUAGUGACAGGAGUGAUUCCAUCUCCAUCCUGAGCACAGGCACCUCCUUUACUCUGAAUGAGGAGACAGCACAUCCCUUACUGUCUGUCCUGGAAGAUGGGCUGACCAUUUCGUGUAGCAAGACUGAAAGUCAAAAAAGAGACUUGCCUUUUGGUGAAAACAGUUUCACAAGAUCCAUCGCGAUAUUGGGAAACCCAAUACCAUUCCACGGAAAACACUACUGGGAGGUAUAUGUUGACGAAAAAAUUGAAUACCGUGUUGGCGUGGCUUUUGAAAAUGCAUCGAGGGACAGCUAUUUGGGCAUGACCCAUUCCUCCUGGUGCAUGAGGCACACGGUCACUGCUUCCAGACAUACCUAUGAAUUUCUCAACAAUGGGAUGACCCCAGAUAUCAGGCUGACCAUCCCACCUUGGAGAAUUGGCCUUCUGCUGGAUUAUGACAAAGGGAGCCUCUCAUUUUUCAACCCAGACAUCAUGCAGCACUUGUAUACUUUCCGUGGCCUCUUCCAAGAUUUUGUGUGCCCCUGUUUUGCUGUGGAAGGACCUGGCACGCUCAAGAUUGAAAACAGCAUUGCAGUGCCCCCAUAUGCACUUUCAUGAAAGAGGUUACCAUCCAGUACCUACCGUCCUGAAAUUAAAACACAUUGAGCUCUA